AUGGCCAAAAUGCCCCCAAAUCCACCCGGUUCCUGCUGUAGCUGGCCAGUGGUGAAGUUGCUGCCUCCUCCGGCCCCGAAAUCUCCGACUCCGGCACCGAAAUCUCCCGGCGACCAGGAUACGUCCCGCCGCCCCGGGGCAGGGCUCAGCGGCGUUCCUGCGGGAAGCCCCUUCCUCCCAGGAAGGCGGAGGAUAAACACGCCGGCGGGGAGCGGCAGGCUGCGGAUCACCGCCAAGGGCAAGGUCGCUUUCAUUAAGCUGGAAGACAAGACCUCGGGAGAACUUUUUGCCCAGGCGCCGGUGGAGCAGUUCCCUGGCAUCGCUGUGGAGAGCGUGACGGACUCCAGCAGAUAUUUCGUCAUCCGGAUCGAAGACGGGAACGGCCGCCGAGCUUUCAUCGGAGUUGGCUUUGUUGACCGAGGGGAUGCCUUUGACUUCAACGUGGCUCUCCAAGACCAUUUCAAAUGGGUGAGGCAGCAGAGCGAGCUGGCCAAACAGGCCGAGAACCCCGACCUGGGACCCAAACUGGAUCUGGGCUUCAAGGAGGGGCAAACCAUCAAACUCAACAUUGCGAACAUGAAGAAAAAAGAAGGAGCAACGGGGAACUCCAGACCACGUCCUGUGGGUCCCGGGGGCCUGAGCUUGCUCCCGCCGCCUCCUGGAGGGAAAUCCUCUGCUUCGGGUUGUCCUUCCGGAGAGCGGCCGGCUUCGCUCGCUGCGCCCGCCCCGCUCCCGGGCACCCCCAUCACAGACUCCCUCUUGUCCUGGCCGCAGCCCGCUGCUGCUCCCUCUGCCCCCGACGUCUGGGGGGACUUUGUCGGCUUCUAA